UAGAGUGUUUUGGAGUCUCAACCGAGCUUCGUUAUUGAAAGUGAUCAAAGGAGCAGAACAAGAUCUUGGAAAGAGGAAAAGUGGGAAUCUUGAAACACUUCCCCAUUCACUUUUUCAAGAUCUUCCAUCCAGUCUGAGAUGGAUGUUGGAUGUUACCUCCAACGGAUUAGAUUCCAAGGUGCCUCUACCUCCCCUUCUUUGGAAACCCUCAAGUGCCUCCACCGUUCCCAUCUCUUCUCCGUACCCUUUGAGAGCCUCAGCAUCCAUUGUAAAGAGCCCAUCCACCUGGAAUUGCCUUGUUUGUAUGAGAAGAUUGUCCAAAACCACCGGGGUGGUUUUUGUUAUGAACUGAAUGGACUUUUCCAGUGGUUGUUGCAAGCUUUAGGGUUUCACACCAAAAUCUUAGCGGCACGGGUUUGCAACCGCUUCACGCAGUGUUAUGGCCCUCCAUUGGACCAUUUGAUAAUUUUGGUAGACUUGGACGGACACCAGUUUCUGUGCGAUGUUGGGUUUGGAGAAGGUUUUGUGGAACCAUUAGAGCUAAAGCCAGAGGUGGAACAAGCUCAAGAAGGAGGCAUAUUUUGGUUGAGUCUGGAAGAAGCUACCUGGGUAUUGGAAUGUCGGAAAAUUGCUGGAGAGAAGGAGAGAUUCCUCUAUAAAUUCACCUUAGAGGAGAAACAACUGGAAGAUUUUUCUGACAUGUGUCUUUACCACCAGACUUCACCCUGUUCUAUCUUCACCUGCAAAUCCUUUUGUUCCUUGCACAAAGCAGGUGGUGGACGUGUAACCUAUAUAGGUCAACGGCUCAUUUUCACCAAAGGAAAGGAUCGUACAGAAACUGUCUUGCAGGACUCUGAGAUUCCAACUGUUCUCUUUGAUCAAUUUGGGAUCAAAAUGAAGAGCUUCGAACCCAAGGAUGAACAAAUCCUUCCUCCUCCUCAACAAGAUUAACCAGUGGGAGAAGCAAAACAGUGAUCUCUUUGAGACUGUAAUAAAAUAUGGAAUUGAUCUAUUAAGAAUCUAUGGCUAUCUCUUUAACAAGAUUAAUUCCUGCGGAAAGCAAAGGGUGAUCACUUUGAGAUUGUAAUGAAAUAUGGAAUUGGGCAGACAGUUCAUUGAAGGAUCUAUUGAAGAUCGUGCCCAAGAUCAUGUUCGUGGUUCUAUAAGUGUUAAGAGACAGCUCAACUGAUUAAGUUUGGAUAUCCUACUGAUUAGCACUUUAGUGUUAUAGCAAUUACUGCAUUGUCAUUUAGAUUUUUAAAGAACCCUGCACGUGAUUUUGCUUGUAUUUGUACACUUAUCAAUGACUGCUACAUAAAAGAUGGAUCAAGAUGCUUUAGUAGUUUGUCAAUCUACUUUUGUUCUGCUUUAAAAGAACCUGGGUGAGUUGGACUACAAAUCCCAUCUUUCUCAGAAGUAUGAAUGAGAUAUUAUUUAGAUUUUUUAGGGUUACUCACAGUUGUGAUCUAUCCUGGGAAAUUCUUGUGGUC